GUUUAAAAAUAUGGCAUCGUAUCAAAUUGAUUGUGGAUAUCCGACGGCAAAUCAGUUUUUAACAUCCAGUCAUCUGCUAACAAGCGGUCAUCCAAAUGUGCAAUCACCUUUAGCGGCCACAACUCUUACCUCCACUUCGUCUUCAAUAAGUCCCUCACCCGCUGCCGGAGCUGAUAAUAGUGUAACUAGCAGUAAUAGCGACAGUUCGGUGGGUACUCUGACACCAGAUGCGGUCUCACAAACCUCAGCCUUAGGUAGUACAACUACCUCAACGGCCGCCUGCAGUUCGCUGGAGAAUCCUGCUAAUCCAUAUCCCUUGACCGCCACUGCUACUGCAAUUUCUCCCAAUUGUUGUGAUAAUGGGCGACCGAUGGUAACGGACCCUAUAACGGGUCAAUCCAUUUGUUCUUGUCAAUAUGAUGCUAAUAACACAACAAGACUGUCUUCAUUGGGUUCCUAUCCACGUUUGUCGUCUACCACUCCGGUAGCGGGAGUGGGCAUGAGUGUUUUUGGUUCAACAUAUCCUUCGAAUGAUCAAAAUCCUUAUCCCAGCAUAGCUGUGGAAAGUGCUACGCCGUUCUACACAAGUUUGACAACCCCCUAUGCCUUAAAAGAUACUGCAAGCAGUGCGGCAGCAUGGACAUCGACGCCGUUGCAGCCAUCCAGUUACUAUACGUAUGAUCCAACAUUUGGUGCGUGCGGUUAUGGCGCCAGUUAUGAUUUAGCAUCACGUCGCAAGAAUGCUACACGAGAGUCGACGGCAACACUGAAGGCCUGGCUAAAUGAACACAUGAAAAAUCCAUAUCCAACCAAAGGCGAGAAGAUCAUGCUGGCAAUAAUCACUAAAAUGACUCUGACGCAGGUCUCCACAUGGUUUGCGAAUGCUCGUAGACGUUUGAAGAAGGAAAACAAAAUGACAUGGGAACCCAAGAAUCGUACAGAAGACGAAGAUGCUCUGGGCUCAGAUGAGGAAAAAGAACAUGAAGACGAUGCCAGAAUACGAUCGACAUCAAGUACAGCAAGUGUAGCUGCAUCUGCUGCUGCCGCUGUUGCAACCGUACCAUUGCAGACGCCAGUUAUGCCAACGCUUAAGCGUGUGGAAUACGAAACGCAUUUAAGUGCAACAGGUGGUAAUGGCGCUAUGGGUCUUAACAACAAUGUGGCAAACAGUGGUGGUGCAUUGGCUGGCGUGGGUGUUGCAACAGAUCUCAGUGGAAAUCAUCAUAGUAUUACAGGAUUAAGCACGCAAGUGAAAGAUCCCUACCACUUGGCUUUACCUCAAAACUUGCAACAGUAUUCAACAAAUUUCUACUAUACCAAUGCCGCUGCUGCAGCAGCUGUCAAUCAACAAUAUUCACAUACCCAGCAUGCAACAUCACUAUCACCAACAAUGAGACCUCAAAUCAGUUACGACACAUCUCUAUUAAUGCCUCCUCAACAUCACUUGUUGUCAUCAUCGUCGUCGUCAGCAGCAGCAGCAUCUUCAUCAGCGGCAGCCGCAGGUUACACUGUGGAACGCCGAUAGCACCAAAUGUAGUUUAAUAUUUUUAUACAAACACGUGUCCAUUGACAUGGAAAACAAAGAAACAAAAAUUGAAAAUAUUGCAAACAAAAAAAAAAAAAAAUAUGAAACAUCCAAAACAAUUAUUACUUUUUUAAUUUAAAUAUUUAAAACAAAAAACUAAAACAAAAUUCAACUGUUGUAAACGUAAAAAACUAAAAAAAAACUAUAUUCUCUAACUGGGCACAAGUGCAAAAAGAAAAAAAAUAUAAUAAGAACCAAAUAUUGUGUUGUAUUGUCUAUAGUAUUAUUUUAUUUUUUUAUUAUUAUUAUUUAAUAUUAUUUGUUUAUUAUUAAAAAAACAAA